CGGAUACACACCACUGCUUUGUUCCAGCAGUAGGUGCUCUCUGCUUCAUCAACCUGGACUCCAUGGCUGCCAGUGCUGCUGCUUGAUUCAUUGCAUUGUCCCGUAUCCCCCACAUUUGAGGCUUGAAUAGUGUUCAUCAUUGCUGUCCUGCAGUUAGUUCCUGUGGCCUCCUGUAGCUUCAUGGCGGGGUUUCCUGUCCACUGACCCAGUAGGCUGCCUUACUGGACCAGCAGCCAUGUCCGCCUGCAGCACAUUCACCGAGCACGUGUGGAAACCAGGCGAGUGCAAGAACUGCUUUAAACCUAAAAGCCUGCACUGUCUGGCUCAGAGUGGUGGAGGGAAGCCUCCCUCUGAGCAGAGGCCUCCAACAGCUCAGCAACAGAAUCCACCCCUUGCUGGGGCGAGAGCCAACCCUAACCUUACCAACAACUCUCAGAGGGCUGGCAGUGGGUCAGCCCGCUCAGGCCACUUCCGUCCACCGGUGGCUAAGAAGCCAACCAUUGCUGUAAAGCCUACUAUGAUGCUGCCCUGCUCCUCUGCAGGACUAGAUUUAGAUGGCAACCUGCAACGACCACCAAAUGUAAUAGAACAAGGCAAAACAUCUGCCUUCACAGUCUGGAAUCGCAAUGGACUGAACCGUAAGAGGCCUGGUGGGCCCAGCAACAACAAUGAAGGAGAGGAUGGCAAUGAGGAGAUUGAGGGUUAUGGACAACUUAGCCCAAGGACCCCUAGUGGAAAUAACAAUAGUGGGCUGGCAGAUGUUCUAAAGGAAAUUGCUGGGUUAGGACCUGGCCCUAGCAGCCCCACGGCCCUUUCAGGCUCCAAGGACAUUUUCUGGGGAAGAAUCAGUACUUCAUACCAACGUUCUUUGGAAAGAGGCCUUCCAGCCUCAAGCUGUCUGGCUAUUGGAAGCAGCGGUAGUGGUGGUGGUGGCAGUGCUCAUAAACGGGUAUCCCUUAGCGACAGCACUGAGAUCAUUAGCACAGAGGGUGGUCGCUUUUGCUACCCAGAGUUUUCCAGUGAAGAUGAUGAGGAUGAGGAUGAGGAUGAUGAUGAUGAGGAGGAAGACACUGAAAGGGAUGAUGAUGAACAUGAGAGCUGGGAUGAAAGUGAUGAAGAGUUACUAGCCAUGGAGAUCCGUAUGCGAGGCCAACCACGAUUUGCAAAUUUCCGUGCUGCCACAUUGUCUCCAGUGCCCUUUGCUGCAGGGAAAAAGUGGAAUACUGUGCCACUUCGCAACCGCUCACUACAGCGGAUCUGUGCAGUGGACUAUGAUGAUAGCUAUGAUGAGAUCUUAAAUGGAUACCCCUCCAUGGACUCCAAUGGAGGUCUUCUUCCCUAUGGGCCUCAUGACAUGCAAGGCAGUGGUUUUCUAUCAAAUUCAGAGUCUGCUACUUCCCCAGAAUCGUCAUCAUCACUACCAGAAGAUUCUCGAACGACUUCCAGCAGUGGGAGCAGUGCCCUCUGUGCUCUUCGAAACGGCCUGCAUUCUCCCACCUCUCCUAAAGCACCUGCCCCCUGCACUUCUCCAUCAAAAAAGGAGCCUGUCCACAGAGCACUGAGUCCAAUCAAGAUGACUGAAACACACAAGGCUGUCUUGGCAAUUAGAUUAGAAGAUCAGGAUGGCAGAGAAGGCAUGCCAAUGCCUCAGGCCCUUCCAGGUCAACCAGUCACUAUCAGUUUUAGUCCCACAGAGGAGCAAGCAAAACCAUACCGUGUAGUGAAUUUGGAGAAAUCGCUGAUUUGUAAGCCUUACACUGUAGUGGAUGUGUCAGCAUCCAUGGCCAACAAAGAUGAACAAAUUCAAGAUUCUACUCCAAAACCGAAAAACCUGUCAAUGCCUUCCAGCCCUACAUCAUUCUGUACCACUCCUUUAGGUCAGCCCCUGUCUCCAGCCUCUCCUAUUUCUCCAUCUUCUCCUGUGAUGCCAACAUCACCCCCAUCUCUUGCUCUGUCAAGUUCCUCCCGAAAGAAAUCAGGGAACAUACGCUACCAAGAAGUGUGGACAUCAAGCACAAGUCCUCGCCAAAAGAUACCGAAAGUGGAUCUGGGGGUUGGCAGUACUCCUGGCCCCUCCAUCCCUACACAACAUUUCAGCCACAAGUCAGCUCCCACUUCUCCCAUAGCUGGGCUGUCUUCCUCCAGAACUGUACCUGUGAAAUCCCCCAAUUUAUCAGAGAUCAAGUUCAACAGUUUCAAUAAUGCAGGCAUGCCUCCUUUUCCCAUUAUCAUUCGAGAUGAGCCAGCCUAUGCCCGUAGCUCCAAGAAUGCAGUCAAGGUACCUAUUGUUAUCAAUCCAAGUGCAUAUGACAACCUAGCUGUGUACAAGAGUUUCUUGGGACUCAGUGGGGAACUCCCACAGCCAAAAGGGGUAGGUAGUAGGGUAGCCAGCCAUACAUAUGAAGAGAUUGGAUCCUCUGAGAGUGUCCAGUCCUCCUCAACAGAGAAAACUAUCUCUGGUAGAGGCACAUCAGAGAGAGCCUCUUUUGAAGAGACAAAAGUUCUACCUGAAGCAGUGUCAAGAGCACCAAAUUUACAACCUAGAACCACUACAGACUCUAGCACUGUGACAAGCACUGUGAUGGGCUCCACAGUUGGGGCCUUCUCUCCCACUACAUCAACAAAUUCCCCUGCCAUUCUUGCCAUUACUGCAAACCUAACUAAAAUCAGCCCUACUGCUAAUGCUGUAACACGCACUUGCAAGACAAGUGGAGAUGCUACUUACAUUAAAGAUGAUGAUACAGACGUAGCUUUGUCUUCUGUGGCAGUGGUCAACCAUAGGGAGGAGGCCAGCGCUGUACUCUCACAGAUUGUAGCCUCUAUCCAGCCUCCCCAGUCUCCUCCAGAGUCGCCCUCAGCACAAGCCACAACCUUUAGUUCUGAGGAGCUGUAUGCCCUACCACCUGAUGCCAUGAAGGAGACCCUCAUCCGACCCAAGUCUCUCUUUUCCACAACUGAUGGUUGUCUUUCCAAGCCCAAAAAGGACACACCUUCAAAGGUUUUGUCCAAAUCCCAGAGUGCCUCUGCUGCUGUUCCACUCUCCAGCCCCCGCUCAGAGCUCAAUGCCCCCUUCCCCCCUCCUAGAUCUACAUCUUCCCCAUACCAUGCUUCUAACAUCCUCCAGAGACAUUUUGGCAACUGGACCAAGAACUCUGCCUCCAGUUCUCCUGUACGACCCAGUGAAGGUGAAGGAAGUCCAGGUGGAGAGGGGAGACGUAUUUCAACAGAAAGCUCCAAACCCAAACGCUGGAUCUCCUUCAAGAGCUUUUUUCGUCGGCGGAAAGAUGAGGAUGAGCAGAGGGAGAAGGUGGAGAGAGAGAAGGAGAAGGGCAAACUGGUUGGACUUGAUGGAACAGUCAUUCACAUUCUUCCACCACCGCCAAUCCAACAUCAUCACUGGUUUACUGAGGCCAAACCAGAGGAUCCCACCCAAAAGCCAACCAUCAUUUUCACCUACAAACCAGACAGCGGCAGCACCCCUUGUGACGGAGAAGGAGAACUGCGAGUAGAGGAGUGCAGAGAAACUUCACAACUGACACCUGAUGAGCGCAAAGAACCCAGACCUUUGAGCCCAGGACAAACACCCCCCUCCCACAACACUGGAGUUGAUCUCAUCAGCAAGGACUUCAGCCAGGUACCGGUCAGUGCCAGCAACGCCAAGGAUCGGGAGCUGCCCAGUGCCACCUUCCUGUCUGCCAAAGUGAAUCUGGGGCUGGCCCUUGGGGAGAGCGAAGAGUGCCAUGCCAACCAGGUUGCCACACCAGCUUCAGCCAGCGAGGGCAGCGCCAGCCUCGGAGAGCCAGAGGAGGAUGGGAAUCACUCCCAUCACUCCCACUCCCCCGCCUCCAGCCAGUGCAGUGCCACAUACAGCAACCUGGGUCAAUCCAGAGCCAACAUGAUACCACUGAAACAACCACGCAACACCAAGGCAUCCAACGACACCUUGGCCUCCAUCGACCUGGACGGCCUCGCUGACCAGCCAGCCCCCAAGGCCACACCACCACCACUACCUAAGAAGGCUGUACCUCGAUCCAGUACUGAACCCAGCCUGGGAGGCAAAGAGCCAAUGCAGGGAGCCCUGAGACCUCGGGCUGAGGCUAAACCUGGGGGCACCAAUCUCAGUGUGGCCAACCCUCUGUACGACUUGGACUCCACCUGGGAGACAGCUAGUCAGAGCUCCUCUCUCAGCUCCGAGCCUCAUCGGCCCCACAACCAUGAAAGCGGUGACUCCCUAGAGAGGCCAUCGGUUGCCGCGGCCACCAACAAGGGCCGCCCGACUAACAGCCCGUCCUCCCUGGUUCCUCAGCCUGCAUCUGCUGCACCCAGUGGCACCACUGGCAGAGAGAGGAGGGCCUACCCAAGUACAGAGUCUCUGGCUGGAAGGGGUCGGACGACAGGCAGAGGUGGUGUUGCUGGAGGAGGAGGAGGUUCCAAACCCCAGAGACCUGCUCUUUACAGGGGUUUGGACAGCUGGGAUGAGGUGGUGGGCAGGAUUCGGGGUCUCCACACAGACACGCUGCGGAAGCUGGCAGCAAAGUGUGAGGACCGUUUCAUGGCUGGCCAGAAGGAUCACUUGAGAUUUGGCACUGACAGCUGGUCCCACUUCAGGCUGACUACUGGGAAACCCUGCUGCGAGGCGGGGGAUGCUGUUUACUACACUGCUUCCUACGCCAAGGACCCACUGGUCAACUAUGCCAUCAAGAUCUGUCGGAGCAAAGUGAAGGAGACCCAGCAGCAGUUUUUCCACAGCCUUGCAGUGAGACAGAGCCUGGCUGUGCAUUUCAACAUCCAGCAGGACUGCGGACACUUCCUGGCUGACGUCCCCGCCCGCCUGCUGCCCUGGGAAGAGGAAGAAGAUGAGGAGGAGGAAGAGGAAGAGGAGGAAGACGUAAACGGGCUGAAGGAGAAAGAGAAAGAAGCUAAGACGGAAUCCAAGACGACGGACACCAAAGCUCCAAAUAGUAAAUUAGAUGAAACCCCAGCAGCAGGUCACAUGAACACUGCCGGUCGCUUGCGGAGCCGAGUGGUGGUCAUCACACGUGAGGUGCCCUUCCAGACGGUAGCGGACUUUGUCCGAGAAGGCGUGGCCCGACACACUCAUAACCCGGAGCUGUACGAGCGUCAGGUCUGUCUCCUCCUGCUCCAGCUGUGCUCCGGCCUGGAGCACAUGAAACCUUAUCACGUGACCCACUGUGACCUGCGACUGGAGAACCUGCUGCUGGUCAACUGCCAGCCCGGCAGCCCCUGGAAUCUGGACUUACUCGAGCCCAACAACAACAGCAACAGCAGCAGCUCUGGUGCCACCUCUGCCGGUGCUGCUGCUGCCGCUGCCAACGCCACAUGCCCCGCCCGCCUCAUCAUCAGUAACUUCUCCCAAGCAAAGCAGAAGAGCGCUCUCAUGACAGCUGACCCUGGUACACUGCGUGACCAGUCCCGCCUGGCACCUGAAAUCGUCACAGCUACUCAGUACCGCAAAUGUGACGAGUUUCAGACUGGGAUUCUCAUCUAUGAGAUGCUGCACCGGCCCAACCCCUUUGAGGAGACACCGGAGCUGAAGGAGUUCGAGUACACCUGGGCGGACCUGCCGCCGCUGCCGGUCAGAUCGCUCUACUCACAGGGCCUGCAGCAGCUGGCCAGGUUACUGCUCACCGUCAACCCCUCUGAAAGGAUCCGGAUGUCCGAGGCCCGCGCUUGCCUGCAGUGCCUCCUCUGGGGCCCUCGGGAGGACUUGUUCCAGGCUCUGGGCUGCAGCAGCACAGGCCCCAUGUCAGGGGCCACUUCCAGCCAGCGUGAGGCCACCCUCCAGAACUGGCUGGACCUGAAGCGGACACUGAUGAUGAUCAAGUUUGCGGAGCGCUCGCUGGACACGGCUUGCGGUGUAAGCCUGGAGGACUGGCUGUGCUGCCAGUAUCUGGCGUUCGCCACCACAGACACCCUGAGCCGGGUGGUGCACAUCCUGCAGCAGCCGCAGCCGCAUCCUCAGUCCCAGAACCAGAACCAGCCGGCGCACCCAGCACAGAACCAAACUCAGACCCAAACACAUCUAGCACACACCUUCCACCUGACUCAGUCACAGCCACUCUGAGUUCCUCUUCCCAACUGUUACUAUGGCAACAGAUCCAACUUCCCCCGUGUGGUCCCUCUGCUGACGUUAAAGUGUGAUGUAAGCUAAUAGUCAGCUUUGUUGUUGCAGCAGCCACAGGGCUCACCUAAAACUAAUCAGCUGGUUGUGCAAUGUCUGUGUUUUCUUCAUGGACAAAUCAAUCCACAGAGCGAGAGGCCGUGUUCCCAUCAAACAGCUUCAUGACCAGGGUUAUUCAUAGCAACAAGAUUAGCAACCGCACGAUGCUCAGGAGUCCGGCAAAUUAAGUGGCUGUCUGACUUCGUCCUCAAAUCCAGCCCAAGACAAACUGAAACAUUAUAGCAAGUUGAUUUCAUUUUGGCUCGUGGGAGUGAAGCGGUAGACGUUCAGUCAAUCUGUGUCUGUAGCUUUUCACUUCUCACAUAUGUUAGAAAAGUAAACCAGAGCUGGACUGGAGAGAUGUGUGAGGGAGUUCUAGAUUUUUCAGUUUUUUUCAGCCACGUUCUUAAAGACCACAGACUUAUCAGCUCUGUAUAUUAGAUACAGUUUGCAAGGCAGCUGCCUCUGUGCUUAAUUGAAGAGUGUGUCAAAUGGAAUAAAUUCAAGGUUUUAUAUCAUUACAUAUGAAUAUUUCACACAAGCUUCACCAGACAUCUAAAGAUACGCCGCGGUUAGAUUUUUGGAGGAAAGUUGAGAUGGCAUCAGAAGUUUUUUAUCCCAAUUAUUUAGGCCCUUAUCACAUAGAGUUGUUUUUGUUUUUUUAAGCAACAAUUCACUCUUGAAAAGAUGCAGAUUUGAAAUCUUUAAGUGAAAUGAAGGGAGAUCAUUUGAAAUGAAGGCAGUGGGGAAUAAAGGAAAACAAACUUCCCGAUGAUGGAUUUGUCUCCAAAAUCAAAUCUAAACAGGGUGAUAUAUCAUUUUUUUUAUCUUGACUGAUGAAAUGUGUUUUUCCACUGAAGCCAAAGAUCUGCCACAGACGGUCCAUUUGGAGGCUUUAAAGAUACUUCUGCACAUUUAAACCAGAGAUGUUUAUUUCAGUUUAUUACAAAACACAGUAAGACAUGAUUUAACAGUAACUAGAUUUUUGAUUGGUUAGUCCCAGUGUUUGCACAGACUCCCUUCAGAUCAGUUAAAUGUCACACUUUAUGGUUUAAAAAUUCAAAAGCCAACCAGGAGUUGAGUUUAACAAACAUUACAAACAAUGCUGUUGCAUCACACCAUAAUUCACACUUCUUAACUGGGCUUCGGACGAGGGAGGUGAUGAACACUGAGCUUGAGCUAAUUUUGGCUUAGCAGUUUUCAGAGCACAGUUAACAAGUUUGAGACGCUUUGAAGCUAAAAUGGGACACAACUGCCCCGGCUGUGGGUUUGGUUUCUCGUCGGAGUAUGUGCAAUUAUUAUCUUUUAGUUAUGUCCUCUUGGAGGUAACGGUGGAUGAACGUUGUUAUGACAUUAUGCAGUCUUUUACUAAUCCUCUCUUCCAUUAGUUUUGUGGCACAUAAACUGAUUCGUUUCAGUUAAAUCCUGCAACUUUAGAAACAAAGUGAAUCUCGGUGUGAAGAACUUCUCACGGUGGAGAGGAGACGGAGAUGUUUCAGGGACUGCAAAAAGUUCUUCUUUUGUCUAUUGUGUUGUUUUUGUCAAGUAGUUUUUGAACGGUUCUGCGUUACAGAUGACUUUUGCACAUUCAGUCUGAACGUUGGUGCUCCUCGAUGGAGACUGAAGACAUGAUGAUGAUGAUGAUGAUGAUGAUGAUUGAUGAUGGUGAUGAUGAUGAUGAUGAUGAUGACGAUGCAGGAGAGACUCAGAAAAGUUCCCGUGAAUUUGAGGAACUGGAUUUGAUUUGUUUUGCAGCGUGUGGAAUGUAAACGUUUUGCCUGGACUGAAACAGACAUUUGGACUCUGGUCUCGUCGGCUCCCGAACACACUCAUCUUCCAACUGAACCACUUUGUUUCACAUUUAAACUCUUUGUGUAAUAAUCAACCUCGCAGAGAAACUACUCAACCACUGGGACUUCCAUUCCUCCGGCCUAGUUUCCCGUCCUCCUGUAGUUCUCUGGCAGCACAUCCUGUCUUGAUGCUCCCUGCUUGUCACUCAAACGAUCUGUUCUGCUUUAAUUAAAUGAGCUGUGUGUUAUUGAUCAGCACCUUCCCGCCUGGGGUCAGUGGAAGCAACACAAGCCUCAGCUUCCCCAUAAAAGAAACAUUUCGAGUUACAUGCACAUGGGUUAAUUUGUGGUUAUGAUGAGCAAUCACCUUCAAACUGACACUGCAGAAAGGCUUCGCAUCUACACGUUCACUUCAUUUUGCUCUGAUUAAGUUUUUCUUUUCAUAUCCAGCAGUUCAGCUAGUCACGGGGGGGGGUGGGGGCGUCAGGAUCCUGUGUUUGUUUUACUGCAGAUGUACAGAACAAGACUUAAUGGUCCACGGAGUGAAAAUGAGACAAAGCAGGUGUGAGUUUGUUGGUUUGUGUACUGAGGAAUGUGUGUGGACGGCACUGGUGGCUGUCCUUGUAUUUAGAGAUUUAAGCCUUUAUAUAUUAUAUAUAGUAUAAAUAUAUAUAACCUUUAUCUAUUUUAAUCCACACACUAUUUUGUCGAGUACGGAGCACCUGUAUUUCUGUCUUUAGAGUCUAAUUAUCAUUUAUUCAUUUUUAAAGCUUUACUUGACUUUCUUCAACCUCGCUCGUUCUGGGGGAAGAAAAAGGUGAGUAGUUAUCACUGUCCUGAACAAAGGAUAAAUGAAAAAGAUCUUAUUCUUCAAUUGCAUUAUUAUACAGAACAAUGUACAGUAUUUUUACCCCCCCUUGUAAAGAAAAAAGAAAAAAUUACCUGCUUAGGAGAUGAACCACUUUGAGAAGAGGCUGAAGGACGACGCACCGUUAAAACCCAGCAUCCGUCAGCUGUACGACUUGCAGCACAUGUUGCUUCUUUCGCCCUCUCUUUCUCUCUUUGCUCUGGUUUUUCUCUCUGCAUUGUUAAUUGCCACUGAACAGAAAAACAGAAGCUCUCCGUGGCUUUCUAUUGAUAUGUGUACAGUAUGUCUCCUGGCCUGCCGCCAUUUAUUGUUGAUCAAGUUAACCAACAGUAA